AUGCCUCAAAGCUGCUCGGUGUCUGACUAUAACGCAAUGGACAACAGUCAAGAGCAGGAUCCGUGUCAGGUCGCAUGGGCCCUUUUACCUGCAUGUUUCGGCUCUACUAUCGACCCCGAGAACCCGCCAGACCUGGUCGGGAUGCUCAACAACGUCUAUGGCCCCAGUAUUCCAGGACGUUAG